UUCUACGUUUUGAGAUUUGUAGAUUCCGUCAUGACUUCCGGCGGAAGCUCAAUCGAAUCCUCCGUCGUGUCGGUGGCGGCGGAUAAGAUGUUCUUCUGUUACCAAUGCGAUCAGACGAUCACAAUCUCUAUUACUUCCUCUGCUGAUCCUUUUUGCCCUCUUUGCAACGGAGGUUUCCUUGAAGAAUUCGUAGAACCUAACCCUAACCCAAUCCCCAAUCUGAUUCUCCCGAUGUCGGAUCCAAUCUCAUCUCGCUUCCCUUUCAUCCCAGUAAUGGACUUCACGAAUCCGAGUUUCUUAGGUGAAUCAAUGGAGCCACAGUCUACUCAGCAACAGCCUGAUGCUUUUGAUCAGGUUAGAUUUAUCCACAACCAUCUCCUGCAACUUCAAUCUAGCGGUAUCAAUGUUCAGUUUUUGUUCGAGAAUCAACUCUCGGAUCAAGCUAAUCCGUUACCAGGAAAUCACGGGGAUUACUUCUUUGGUCGUGGUCUUGAGGAUCUGAUUCAACAACUAGCUGAAGAUGAUCCGAAUCGGUAUGGAACUCCUCCAGCUUCGAAAUCUGCAAUCGAUGCUCUCCCAAUUGUGAAAGUGACGAAAGAGAUUUUGCAAUCGGAAAUGAAUCAGUGUGCUGUUUGUAUGGAUGAGUUUGAAGAUGGUGUUGAAGCUAAGCAGAUGCCUUGUAAGCAUGUGUACCAUCAUGAUUGCUUGCUUCCAUGGCUGCAGCUUCACAAUUCCUGCCCUGUUUGUCGACAUGAGUUACCCACGGACGAUCCUGAUUAUGAGAACAGGGCUCGUGGAGGUCAGACGAGUGGAGACGGGCAGGGAUCGUCAGGUGAGGCGCAGACGCCGAGGAGGUUUAGUAUAUCGUUUCCAUGGUCAUUCAGGAGGCCUGAUGCAAAUUCGGAUUCUGGUAGUGGUUCCGAUAUGGAUACUAGAGAAGACGAUUUGGACUGAGUGUCUUUGCUUGGAUUGGAAAAAAGACGUGAAGGAGAGCCAUACAAAACGAAAACAAAUUCAUUUGUUUUAC